GAGGGAGUCUUUCUUAAACUUUAUGCCCUAUUAAACAUGCUACCUAAAGAACUAAAUUGAAAGAAUAGGGAUGUCAAGGGAAAAACAAAAGAAAAAUUUCUUCUUUUUUUUUUGGCUCUCUCUCUUCUCAGAGUGUGUUCUUGAGAAAAAUAUUUGUCAAUGGUAAUAAUGGAGGACCAAGAAAGAGUUGAAAGACUCAUUAUUUCAAACGAAAAAUGGAUAUCAUUUAUCCAAAUUUUCUUGUUCUUGCAACUACUAAUUUCUAGUACUCGGUUAACUUUAUGCCAAGACUGGGAUGGUAUAGUUAUCACUGAAGCAAAUUAUCAAGCCCUUGAAGCACUUAAACAUGAGUUAGUUGAUCCACAAGGGUACUUGAGUGGUUGGAAUGACAGUGGAUAUGGUGCAUGUUCAGGUACUUGGGUGGGAAUUAAAUGUGCUAAAGGACAAGUUAUUGUUAUAAUGCUUCCAUUGAAAGGCCUAGGUGGUAGAAUAAGUGAAAGUAUUGGUCAGUUACAAGAACUCAGAAAACUGAGUUUACAUGAUAAUGAGAUAACUGGUUCAGUGCCUUUAUCAUUGGGUUAUUUACCUAAUCUUAGAGGUGUUCAGCUUUACAAUAACAGGUUAUCUGGUACUAUUCCUUGUUCACUUGGUUUAUGUCCAGUUCUACAAACACUUGAACUUAGUAACAAUAUGUUAUCUGGUGUAAUACCUGAUAGUCUUGUUAAUUCAACUAAGCUAUAUCGGCUUAAUCUUAGUUAUAAUUCAUUGUCUGGUAGUAUACCUGCAAGUGUCACUCAAUCGCGCUCUUUAGUCUUUAUUGACCUGAGAUAUAACAAUUUGUCAGGUUCUAUUCCUGAUUCUUGGGGUGGAAAUGGAGAGAGAGUUAGAUUACAGUCUUUGGUACUCGAUCACAACUCGUUUACUGGAGGAAUUCCUGUUUCUUUUGGCAAGUUGAAUGAGCUUCUUGAGAUUUCACUUAGUCAUAAUCAUAUUGUUGGUGUCAUUCCAAAUGAUAUUGGAAGGCUUAGUAUGGUUAGAAAUCUUGAUUUUUCCUGCAAUGAGAUUAAUGGAAGUUUGCCCGAAAGCCUAUCCAAUUUGUCCUCCCUUGUAGCUCUCAACUUGGAGAGCAACAAUCUUGAUGGUGAAAUCCCAUUAGAUAUAAACAAAUUGCAAAAGUUGUUGAUUCUUAACCUGAGGAAUAACCGGUUUAGAGGUGAUAUUCCAGCUAUCAUUGGGGACAUUUCUGGUCUUGUCGAGAUAGAUUUAUCUCGUAACAAUUUGAGUGGAGAAAUCCCAGUGUCUGUUGGUGAUUUCCCAAAUCUUAGUUCCUUUAAUGUUUCAUAUAACUCUCUGUCUGGUCCUGUUCCUACUUAUCUUGCUAAGAAGUUCAAUUCAAGUGCCUUUGUGGGUAAUGUUCAGCUAUGUGGCUAUAAUACUUCGAAUCCAUGUCCUGGUACGCCUUCAAAGGCUACACGAGGUAGCAAACGAAGUAUUAAGGACAUUAUUCUCAUAGUAAUAGGUUCUCUUAUAAUAAUUUUAUUUCUAGUCUGUUGCAUUCUCCUCUGCUGCUUGAUCAAGAAAAGAAAUGAAGCCAAAACAGCUAAAGAUGUAAAAGGUGUUCCUCCAACUGCCGGAGAAGUUGAAGCGGCUGGAGAUACUGGCGGAAAACUUGUCCAUUUUGGUGGAGGUAUGAUAUUCAGUGCAGAUGAUCUUCUAUGUGCUACUGCAGAUAUAUUGGGAAAGAGCACUUACGGUACGGUGUAUAAGGCCACAUUAGAAGAUGGAAAUCAAGUUGCAGUGAAAAGAAUGAGAGAAAAGAUCACAAAAGCUCAAAGGGAAUUUGAGAAAGAAGUCAAUGUUCUUGGAAAGAUAAGACAUCCUAAUCUUCUGGCUAUUAGAGCUUAUUACAUAGGGACAAAAGGGGAGAAACUUCUUAUUUUCGACUACAUGACUAAAGGAAGUCUAGCAACUUUUCUUCAUGCUCGUGGCCCCGAUACACCAGUGGAUUGGCCAACAAGGAUGAGAAUAGCAAAAGGGACGACGAGGGGAUUGCUGUACCUUCACACUAAUGCCAAUAUCAUUCAUGGCAAUCUUACGUCGAGCAAUGUUCUGCUUGAUGAAAACUCAGAUGCAAAAAUUGCAGAUUAUGGCCUUUCACGCCUUGUUACUGCUGCUGCAAAUACAAAUGUAAUUGCCACAGCCGGGGCACUUGGCUAUCGUGCACCCGAACUUAAUAAGCUGAAGAAAGCCAAUGUGAAGACGGAUGUCUACAGCCUUGGAGUCAUUAUAUUGGAACUCCUAACUGGCAAGUCUCCGGGCGAAGUAAUGAAUGGUGUUGAUUUGCCAAGAAAGGUGGCGUCAAUUGUGAAACAGGAGGGAACAAAUGAGGUGUUUGAUUUGGAACUGAUGAGGGAUGCAUCCAUAAUUGGCGAUGAAUUGUUAAUUACACUGAAGUUGGCUUUGCACUGUGUUGAUCCCUCACCAUCAGCUCGGCCCGAACUUCGGCAAGUUCUCCAGCAACUGGAAGACAUUAGGCGUGAUACGCCGACUGCAGCUCCCUCAGCAAGUCACUAGAUAGUUUUUGAUUGAAGUAUUUUGAGAUGUUAGUUGUUAGUUGCCAUGAUUCUUUCAUUCUUGAAUUUCAUUGCUAGAGAAUUAGGUCUGUUUCAAGUGUCUUUAAAUAAAAGUGUGCUACAUUGUUUAAA